AUGAAUGACCUUAACGAUUAUCAGCAGAUGUCAAAAAGUUCUAGGAAGAUGAAAUCAUAUAUGGAAGAACUAGAAAAAAGUACCUCCGCCAAGAGAAAAGCUGAUAGUGUAAACAAAGACACUGAUACUAUUGAUACACCAGUGAAGUCCAAGAAGCGUAAACUUGAAUCACCAAGGCCAGAUAGUAGCAAUAAAAUUGUGGCAAUAAUUACUGGUUGCGAAAACGAAAUCACAUUGACACGUCAAGAUACUCAGCAUUUAAAUCAUAUUGGAAUCAAAGUUUUAUCGGAUUACUCGACAAAACAAGGAAUCAACACUCUCAUUGCACCUCGAAUAUUACGAACAGCUAAAUUUUUGCGUUCUCUUAGUCAAGUGGAUAAGAUUAUUCACCCAAAUUAUUUAAUGGAUAUAUUGAAAAAGUUGAAUUCAUCGCAGGAGAUUGAUGAAGAACAAUUAUCCAAAGAGUUUUCAAUUAGUGAUUAUUCGCUAGACAAAGUCAUAUCUGUGAAGACUAUUAACCAGGAGCUUGGUGUUACCAAUGCCAAAGAAAACGGGUUGGCCAAUCUAUUGAAUACCACUAACAGAGGCAUAAUCUUUCAGGACUUGAAGAUCAACUUGUCCAAUAAUUUAGUUGGAGGAAUACAAGUCAUAUCAGAAAUUCUAGAAAGUCAUGGGCUUUCAGGGGCCAAGAGCAUUAAGUCUUUAACUGCAGCGAAUACAAAAACUUUACUUACGAAUGAUGAUGGCAAGAUAAUCAUGGUAGCUCACAAAUCGAAAGAUGCCAAGUUGAUCGCAAGCUUCAAGAAGAACGUACAAAAUGGAGUAAUUGUUGAAUGGGAUUGGUGUGUCAAAUCUAUUUUCAAGAUGAAACUUGAAGAUUUCGACUCAUACCAACUUUGA